GCCCAUAUCAAGAGAGCUGCUGUUAGAGGAGAAAAGGCUGAUAGGGUAACAUUCAAAAUGAUUUGAAGUCUACCUCGCAUUUGGAACUCACCAGACUUCAGAUUUUAACUCUUCUCCAGAUUAUCCCUUGGCCAACUUUUGGGUUCCAUGGAUUUUGUCUAGAUAGAGAGGCAAACAAGAAAGGAGCUCAGCUCCAUCUAAACAUAGGGGCCUGAAAUAUUUAGAGCCUGACACCUUCUCAUGAAACCAGUGACUAAGGGGAAGAGUGCGAUGUCCAGAGGAGAAACCUCUUCCUCUUCAUGUGAGGAACCUCAGCUAGAAACCCGGUGAUGAGUUCCAGUGCACACAUCCUGCCUCUUGUGCCUGCUGCAGAGUGUCUGCGCCAAGCAGACCUGGUAAGGUUGCUGGAGCCUGAGUCAUGUCACUUCAUCCUGUCAUCCUGCUGGUGCUUGUGCUGUGCCUGGGAUGGAAAAUUAACACACAGGAGGGUUCUCUGCCUGAUAUCACCAUCUUCCCUGAGUCAAGUCUUAUGAUCUCCCAAGGGAGUUCUGUAACUGUUGUGUGCUCACACUCUAGUGAACGCCACUUAUAUAACAUAGUCCGCUUGGAGAAGGACGGCAACACCUUUAUGGAAAAGAGCACUGGGCCUUCUACAAUAGAGGAUAAAUUUGAGAUCGGGCCAGUGAAUGAAACCACUACUGGAGAUUAUUGCUGUAUCUAUUCAAACAGGACCAUCUGGUCCAAACGUAGUAAGAAUCUGGAGCUAAAGGUGAUCAAAGAAAAUGUCAUCCAGGUUCCUGCCCCAGGUCCAACAGUGACCUCAGGUACAUCUUGGCUGAAGACGUACAGCAUUUAUAUUUUUACUGUGGUCUCAGUGAUUUUCCUCCUUUGUCUUUCCGUCCCUCUGUUCUGCUUCCUUAGGCACCGUCAGAAAAAUCAGGGACUUCCAAACAACAAAAGACACUUGCAGAGGCCAGAAGAGAGGCUAAACCUCGCUACUAAUGGCCUGGAGAUGACUCCAGACAUAGUUGCAGAUGACAGGCUUCCUGAGGACAGAUGGACAGAAACCUGGACCCCAGUUGCAGGAGACCUUCAAGAGGUGACAUAUGCCCAGCUGAACCAUCACUCCCUCACACAGAGGGCAGUUGGAGCUGUGACCUCACAGAGCACAGAUAUCAUGGCUGAGUGCAGCACAUAUGCAGCCAUCAUCAGACACUGAGCCUGGGCACACCUGGAGACACACAUGGUCACUAUUGGAAAAGCCUGAAGAAGCCACUAAGGCCUUCUCUUGGGAUCAGCCUGGUGUGGAAAGCUAGGUCCUUGUUCCCUAUUCAGAUGAUGAAUUGUAUAUGUGUUAGUAUCAUCACUUGGGGAGACUAUAUUGCAAUAACUUUCAGAGCCCUAGUUACACUUACCUUGCUGUUUCCAGAGACACAGUUAUAGCUCUUUUUAGCCGUUUCUUCAGACCCAUCUACACCCCAUAUUAUUUAAUGAACAGCACUGUAAUUGUCCAGUUGCUUUUACAUCACCAGUUGUGUAAUGAGCCAGUGAACCCUAAAAGCUUCCUGGAUCUCCCUGCUGACUCUGACUGGGAUGUACUCAUGCAGCUGAGGGCUGAGUCCCUUCUCUGUGCCAGACCUUAUGGAGUGCAUCAUGGGUAUUUGAAGAUGGAGCAUCUACAGUCCAUGUGGGUCUUGGACAUACAGACUGUAAGGACUCAAACUCUGUUUUCAUUGUUGUCCAAAUAUGACUGGAGAAAUGAGGGCUACAAAAGGGUGCAUAUGAUUUCCUUUUCUUUAAAAUAUAUGUUUAAUUGACCAA